UUUUUUUUUUUGCACAAUUUAAUUCAAUGCUGGCAAUGAUUCAAGCCCUUCUUCUCCCUUCUCUCUCCACCCUCUUUACUUUCUUCCCCCAUUCCCAUCACUAAUUAAUUCUCAAUUAAAGAAACCCUCUUCCCCAAUCCAUAUAUAUUCUCAUAAUCGCCUCAAUACUCUUCAAAACAACCGCCCACCAUCACACCCUGUUACAAUUCCAGUUCCCCUGUUUCAACUUCUCUGUUCCUCACCUUCAGGUUGGUGUUCGUUUGAUACAUCACAGGAGGUUUGCACAAUUAGUUAUGGGUCGUAAAGCCAACGGACCAAAGCUGGAGCUGAAGUUGAACCUGGCGCCGCCACCGAGGCCUAACCUGCGAGAGCAGUCUCCGAACUUAUCGUCGGCUUCUUCUUCUACGUCGUCGGAGAUGACGCUUCCGAGCUCGUGCUUGUCGUCGGAGAUCGACGCCGACGACGCUUCCGGCGGGUUCUCGAGCAGUCCCGAGGAGACGUCGGCGAUGGUGCUGGUGGGAUGCCCACGGUGCCUCAUGUACGUGAUGUUGUCGGAGGUGGAUCCCCGGUGCCCCAGGUGCAAGAGCUCUGUUUUGCUCGAUUUCCUCCACGAGGAAAAAACCCUGAAGAAGAGAAACUAGAUCAAGAACAACUGCAUCGGCUUCUUCUUUAAUUUAAUUUUCUUUUAUUUGUUUUAAUCAGCUUGGUCAUUGGUUUGCCGUCUUGAAGCUUUAAUAUCCUUCCAUGGAAAUUUUGUCCUCUGCUUUGUCCCCUGUUUGGUUGCCCAUAAGACAAAGUCAGUGAAAUCAUGAUCCUCUAAUUAUAUUGAUUUGGGAUUAUGGGAGAAAGUAGUUGUCGGGUUUUUCUUUCAUUUUCCUCCGUCUUCUCUGCAACCAAACAGAACCAACAGAAGCUUGAUGUAUUUCUGUUUUCUAAUAUAGUAUCAGUAAUUGUGUUGCUCUUUAAA